UCCUGCGAGCAAAUCGCGAGGGAAAGGUCUCAUAAACUGAUACGAAGAUAGAAACCCAAUGUCUGAAAAUUCCAUGGAAUUUAAUCUUAAUUGCAAGUUUCCUGAACUGGGUUUUGUUUAAGUAUUCUACUUGGUUUCGUAUUUGCUAUCUUCUGCACCAAUUUCAGAUUCUGGGUCAUGUCCAAAAGCUUCUAAUGGUUCGAACCUUCAGUUAUGGAGGUUGGGGGAAAUGAGGAAAUGCAAAGUUAGGGCGCUGGUGUUAAUAUUACCUUUCCCUUCAUGAUAGUCAGGUUAGGACUCUUAGUUGCUGCUUCUAUCGCAGCUUAUAGUGUUAAGCAGCUAAACGUCAGAGGCUCAAAAUCAUCAGAACAUGGCAGAAGAAGGUCCAAAAAGCGUCAGGAAGAGGGAGCAGAAGAAGGGCAGGCCACGAGUUCUACAAAAGGUCUCAGCGAGAACGAAGCGGAAGAGGAAGAAGAGGAGGUUAAGUUAAUAAGCAGCAUAAUUAAUCGAGCUCAUGACUUCGAAGAUGAGAUUCUACCUGAAUUUGAGAAUCUUCUAUCUGGGGAGAUUGAAUUUCCUCUACCUGGUAACGGGACCGAGAAGGCUGCAAAAGACAAAGUUUAUGAAACUCAGAUGGCAAACAAUGCAAGUGAGCUAGAAAGAUUGAGGAACUUAGUAAAAGAAUUGGAGGAGAGGGAAGUGAAACUCGAAGGCGAACUGCUUGAGUACUAUGGGUUGAAAGAGCAGGAAUCGGACGUUGUGGAACUACAUAGGCAGUUAAAAAUUAAGACAGUUGAAAUAGAUAUGCUUAAUAUUAAAAUCAAUUCCUUGCAGGCAGAGAGAAAGAAACUUCAAGAAGAGCUAGAACAGGUAGGCUCAGCCACGAGGGAACUUGAGGUGGCCAGGAGCAAGAUAAAGGAGCUGCAAAGGCAAAUACAGCUUGAGGCUAACCAGACAAAAGGCCAGUUGUUGUUGCUUAAACAACAAGUGUCUGGUCUGCAGGCAAAAGAAGUAGAUGCUGUCAGAAAAGAUGCUGAAAUUGAUAAGAAGCUGAAAGCUCUGAACGAGUUAGAAGUAGAGGUUGUUGAGCUUAAGAGGAAGAACAAAGAACUUCAACAUGAGAAGCGAGAGUUAAUUGUAAAACUCAAUGCUGCUGAAUCUAGCAUGACAGAGAAUGAAACGUUUGUCAAGGCCAGAGAGGAAGUCACUAAUCUGAGGCAUGCAAAUGAAGACCUCUUAAAGCAAGUUGAGGGGCUUCAAAUGAAUAGGUUUAGUGAAGUUGAAGAGCUUGUAUACCUACGAUGGGUCAAUGCAUGUUUGAGAUAUGAGCUCAGGAAUUACCAGGCCCCUCCAGGAAAAAUAUCAGCCCGUGAUCUCAACAAGAGUCUUAGCCCAAAAUCUCAGGAGAAGGCUAAGCAGUUGAUGUUAGAAUAUGCUGGAUCAGAACGUGGGCAAGGAGACACAGACCUUGAUAGCAACUUCUCCCACCCCUCUUCUCCUGGAAGUGAAGAUUUUGACAAUACUUCUGUUGAUAGCUCCACUAGCAAAUAUAGUAACCUUAGCAAGAAAACUAGCCUAAUCCAAAAGUUGAAGAAAUGGGGUAAAGUCAAAGAUGAUUCUAGUGUUACUUCAUCAUCGCCCAGAUCUCUUUCAGGAAGUUCUCCAAGAAGGAUGAGUAUGAUGAACCCAAGAUCCAAGGGCCCACUGGAGUCGUUGAUGUUAAGGAAUGCUGGUGAUAGCGUGGCCAUCACUACUUUUGGGCAGAGGGAUCAAGAACCAACCGAUUCUACUGACUCCCUCAAUUCAGUCGCCUCUUCUUUCCAAUUGAUGUCUAAAUCAAUUGAUGUGUCUCUGGAUGAAAAAUAUCCUGCAUAUAAAGACCGCCAUAAAUUGGCCUUAGAAAGGGAGAGAAAUAUCAAAGAAAAGGCUGAGCAAGCAAGAGUGCAGAAGUUUGGUGACAACUUGAACUUGGCCAAGGCCGAAAGAGAGAAGUCUGUGUCUUUGCCUGCAAAACUUUCUCAGAUAAAGGAGAAGACAUUGGUUUCUGGUAGCCCUAAUGAUCAAUCUGAGGAUGGUAAUAGUGUUGAUAAUCAAACCAUUAACAAGAUGAAACUGGCUCACAUUGAGAAAAGGCCUCCAAGGGUUCCUCGGCCACCUCCUAAACCAUCUGGUGGUGCUCCUGUCAGUACAAUUUCAAAUCCUUCCAAUGGUGUACCACCUGCUCCACCUAUUCCACCUCCACCUCCAGGUGUUCCGCCUCCCCCUCCUCCCCCAGGAAGCCUUAGAGGGGCAAUGGGUAAUGAUAAAGUUCACAGGGCUCCUGAGCUUGUUGAGUUUUAUCAAACAUUGAUGAAGCGGGAGGCCAAGAAGGAUACUUCAUCAUUAAUUUCUUCAACAACUAAUGCAUCUGAUGCUAGGAGCAACAUGAUUGGCGAAAUUGAGAAUAGAUCGUCAUUCCUCUUGGCUGUGAAAGCUGAUGUGGAAACGCAAGGUGAUUUUGUCAUGUCCCUGGCAACUGAAGUUCGGACAGCCUCCUUCUCAGACAUUGAUGAUUUAGUGGCCUUUGUCAACUGGCUGGAUGAGGAACUUUCCUUUCUGGUUGAUGAGCGAGCUGUCCUCAAGCACUUUGAUUGGCCUGAAGGGAAAGCAGAUGCUCUGAGGGAGGCAGCAUUUGAAUAUCAGGAUCUGAUAAAAUUGGAGAAACAAGUCUCCUCCUUCAACGAUGAUCCCAAUCUUCCAUGCGAUGCUGCUUUGAAGAAAAUGUACUCAUUGCUUGAAAGAGUGGAGCAGAGUGUAUAUGCACUCUUACGUACAAGAGAUAUGGCUAUUUCACGAUACAAGGAAUUUGGAAUCCCGGUAAACUGGUUGUUAGAUUCCGGAGUUGUUGGCAAGAUCAAGCUUUCUUCUGUGCAACUGGCCAAAAAGUAUAUGAAACGUGUUGCGUCUGAACUUGAUGCCUUAUCGGGACCAGAAAAGGAACCCAUGAGAGAAUUUCUGGUUCUGCAAGGUGUCCGCUUCGCUUUCCGUGUUCAUCAGUUUGCGGGAGGCUUUGAUGCAGAGAGCAUGAAGGCUUUUGAAGAACUUAGAAGCCACAUCCAUUCUCAAGCUGGUGAAGAUAAAAUACCAGAAGCAGAAGCGGCAUAAUCACCAUUUUUCUUCUUUCUGAUAUAUGUUGAUCUUUCAGAUGUAUAUUUCAUUUUGCUUUUGUAUUAUUUGCUUAGCCUAUACAUACUGGCUCCUCUACAAUAAUACAAUUAUAAAUGUCUUUCCAGGUCAA